CGCAAGUAAGAAGUAAUAGCGACCGUUUAGUAGUUCAUAUGCAUCCGAAAUCCCGCUCCAGAUUGCUUGCGCCGGACUGCCAGCGGUCUAAUAACAUUCUUCUGACAGAGCUGACGUGCGUCGGUUUUAGAAAGGGUUCUGUCUACCGUUCAUAUCACCUGACCCUCCAUUUUCUGAGAAAGGAGGUGACCCGGAUCACUGGAGGAUAAACGACGGAAGAGCGACGAGAGAAGGACAUGCAAGGAGUAUUGUGAGGGAGGGAGUAUUUCCAGAUAGGGUUUAUUCGUACCGAAGGCGCAAGGCGGUAGGCAAGUUGGACCCUUAGGACUAAUAGUCUGUGAAAUAUGCCGAAGAAGAGAAAGUCGGAGACGCCAGGGCUUGAAGACGGCGAUAAAACCCUGUUUUCGUCAUUCUGCGCUGCUGCCAAUUCGCUAUCCCAGCUCUACUCUCAGGCGCAAAACCAGCAACGUGUCGCAUUUCAGUCCGGUGAACGGCAUGCACUAUCACGUAUGCAGCAAUGGCUAACGUCGGAGCAAGGGGCCGGGGACAGCAACUCAGGUCUCGUUUCCAAGGAGCAGAUUCUGGACUUUAUCCAGGGCGAACUGGAUCGGAUGGACGACGGUCCUCCUCUGGGAAAUCUUUCCUCUGCUCUGCGUCCCUCAUCAGUUCUCCCCAAUCUCUCUGGAAGUCCUGCGCCGUUGCUUUCCCAGCUCGAUCGUUGCCAUAUCCGCUCUCGCGGAUCGAGCGCGGGUACGGGAGGAACUGCAGAGGGUGGAUCGCGGCACCGCCAGCACAUUUCCCAGCAAUUGCACCACUCCAGGCAACAGCAACAGCAUCAGCACCAGCAGCAGCAGCAUCUGCAGCAGCAUCAGCCACAACAUGAAGCGCAGACCUUUGAGCAGUGCCCGGCUGUGCAUCAAGUGCAACAACCACAAACCACUGUUGACCUUCCAGCCACAGACGCUCGUGCAUCAGUCAAUCUCGCUAGCAGGACUGGUCCUGCUCCUUCUGCUGUGGCUGCGCCUUCUGCUCCCUCUCCACUGAAGCCAUCCCUUGGUCAGGGCAUCCCUCCGGGCCUCCCUCAUGUCGAGCUGUUCAAUGGCACUCCCCAACCAGGGUAUCACAAUUGCCAGCCACAAGGCGGCCAACAACAAGUAGCACAAUUUGGGCAGCAACAUCAGCAGCCUAGUCAGCAAUACUACCACCAGAUGCAUAAUCAUGCUGGGCAGUCAGUCCAUGCGUUUGCCUGUGCUGGGCGUUUGACGCAUGUGAUAGCUAGUGAUGGCUCUGCCAGCAUGGAUACCUGAUUCUUCCCUUUUUUCUAGUAUUGCAUAUCAUUAGCAUUAGAUAAACUUGUGUGGGCUCUUAUGGGGCAAUUGUUGUUGGGGUCGAAAGGGGAUGCUCAUUAUUUGUAGAGGAAUACCAUAACGGAACAA